GGGAAGCUUGACUGAUCUCUUCUACAGAACAGUUCCCCACCUCCCAACUACACAUACACAUAUACGCAGUUGCAUCAAGGAGGCAGAAGUGUGGGUUGGAUUCGUUUUGUGUGUGUGUUCAAGGCUUGUGAACAGCUCUCAGUUGAAAUCUAGAAUGAUGCAGACUCCUCUUUUCAUCAGCCUCCUUGCUGCCUUCAUAGCCCUGGGAAUGGCUCUAGAAUGUGAGCAAUGUACUGGGCCGACAAGCCGCUGCUCAGGACCUAUGAUGCAAUGCACCCAGGAGCAAGACACAUGUGUUUCUCGGGUGUUGAGUGUCAGCAUUUCUGGAAUAGACCAAAAUGUUUUUGAGAAGGGUUGCGGCUCAUCAAAAUUGUGUGGCAAAGGGCCCCAAAUCAUCAACAGUGGCCUAUUUGGAACAACAGUAAUCGAGACUCAUUGCUGUGUGGGAGCUGCCUGCAAAACAACAUGGCCCCCUACUCCAAGGAGAAACACCACAUUGAAUGGAAGGCAAUGCUCCACUUGCCCACCUGAUGGAACCGAGUGUAAGUUUCCGCCCAUCAAAUGUGCUGGAGAGGAGACCAAAUGCUUUGAGAUAUCUGGAGCUACAACCAUAGCAGGACAAACCGCAAGCACUGUCCUCAAGGGCUGUGCAAAUGAACUGGCCUGUCAAGCAAUGGAAAUAGGCACCAAAACAUUUGGGAAUGUGAUACAAGAAGUCAAGUCAGCUAAAUGCACAGAUGGGGCAGCCAGUACCAUCCCAGGAUCCCUCGGACUCCUCUUCCCAGCCCUUAGCGGCCUGCUGCUGGUCAAGUUCCUUGCUUGAUUCCCCAGUUGAUGCUAAGAUUGGAGAAUCCGCUUUGAGCUACUCCUCUUUUCUGCUUGCUUGUGGCUAUUAUUGAGGCCACUACAGAUGCUGAAGAGCAAGGGCCAAUGGCCACUCUCCAGUCUUGUCUGUCUGGUCCUUGAGAGUCUUCCUUUGACACCUCCCUGCCCCUGUCACCCACCUUGAGCACUUUUGGCUGCUUGGAAUGUGUCGUUGUGCUCUGAUGAUGCUUUUAGCUUGCCUGGUUGGAAGACAGAGAUGGAUGGCUGAGUGUGUGUGCACAAGCUAGUCUCCUAUGCAAAGGAGAGCUUUACAUUCGCUAGUUCCCCGACAGUUGCCUCAGGCUCUGCCUACCAAAGGCAUGUGGCCCCCAGUAGUCUGCACAGAAUGGAAUGUGGCCCUUGGACUUACAAGGCUUCCUCAUCCCUGCCCAUAGUCUAGAAGCUCAUGUUUACAUCUACUGCCCUCCAACAGGAGCAAAGGGUGAUGUUGACCAAGGGAGUUCUUGGUUGGUGUCUUUACCAGCAGAUGCCACUGUUGGGUGGCAGGCAAAGGAGACUGGCUGUGUCUGUUCAAUACACAACUGGAUCUGGAUAGUGGCCAGCAGUCACCAGCGAUGCCCUCUUGGCCAGUGGUAUUUCCAUCCUGAUUCAGCACUGGGUCACAUAGUCAGCAUGCACCUUUUCACUGAGCUAGGGCUUUUCUCCAGGAAUUGGUGAAUCUGCCCACUUCUCUCAAUGUCUCCCAUUCCCCCACCGCAUAAUAGUUCAUAAUAGUUCAGUUCGCCACAUUUCUGCAUUAUAUUUCUUUUUUAAAAAUGGAAUAAAGGUCACAAAAAUCA